AUGGAUUCAUUAAUCCCUUCAACAUCUUCUUCCAUGCCGUCUGAAAAUGUCAAUGAAAGACAAAACGCUCAAGAACCAAUUUUGCCAUCACCCAACACAAGCUCCAAUCCGGACGCCGCAAUAAGUGCUGAUCCUGCGAGAAUCGACGAGUCAAACCCUGCAAACAUGAAUUGUCUUCGACGUGAAGCUGAAUCAACGAAGACAAAAUUGAAUGAUCAGGAGAACCAGCUCCGUACCAUUCGAACGGAGGUAGACACACAGAAGAUGGAGCUCGAGAAUUUGAGGACGGAGAAGAAGGAUCUGGAAAACGUGCUGACUACGACACGAACAGAAAUGGACACACAGAAGAAUAAGUUCAAUGCUCUGGAAUUAAAUUGGGCAAAUGAGAAGACACACCUAACAAGCGGUCAUGCUCUACAGUUGAGACAAAUGGUAGAGGCCCAUGCGGAGUCACUGCGGCUGAAAGAGGUUGAGCUUGAUGAAAAACAGGCUCUGGUAGAUGCCCUGACGAGAAGAAAUUAUAGAAUGAGAGAUGAAAUCAAUGAGUUGGAAGAAAAGCUCGAAGAAUUUAAGGACAUGGAACUGGAAGCGAUAGAUGAGCUGUUGACAGCCGAAAUUAAAUACUUGGAAUCAAAGAAACAAACGGAAGAGGCUAUCAACGAGGGAAAACGAAUGCAUUCUCUUCAAAUUGGAUGCGCACUAACCGCCGCCGUCUACCAGAACAGAUCUGCGAUAACUGAAUGGUCAAAGUUGGAGAAGAUCAUUUGUGAUCUGUCUUCAACUAUUCGAUCUUCUCUGAAGUGCCAAUUCCCGGACCUUCAAAGAGCCUUGGAUCUUUCCAGAGAGAUGAAGGAAAAGUACGAGGAAUCCCUCGACAAGAACUUGGAGGAUCAGAGAAGGAGAAAAUCUGUGGAUCAGGAGGAAGAGCCCAACAAAUUGGCCAGACCAACAAGAAAACGAGAAGCGGACAGACAACUCAUCACAUCUGGGAAAAGAGUUAAAAGCAUAAACCGAGAUACAUGGGCUCAAAGUUCUCAGAAGGGGGUCAUCCUAUUAGAGUGUCCAGAAGCUGUGAUCAAUUUUUCCUCUGUUGCUGCCCUUUCCGAUGUCGCUGAUUUGUACCUUCCUGUUCCAGGUCCUGGUGAAUUUCUGAAAUUCGUUUUUCCUUAUAAUUUCACCCAUUUCUUCCCACCAUGUCAUAUUGAUAUCCCCUGUUCCCCUGUUCAAUCAUAUUCCAAUGUUCUCCUCUCCUGGUUCCAACCGUCAUUUUCUUCUGUGAAUUUUAUUAUCAUUCCUUUUUUCCAGUUCGUGUCGAGACCCAUAGAUUUAUAUGUUCCUCAUUUUCUGUUUGUUUCGCUUGCAUCCCGUUUUCCCCCUACAGAUUCUCUCCCAAUUUCUGGUUUUUCAAUUUGUCCUGUAAUCAAAAAUAUCCCGAGUUUUUUCGAGUUACUCUUUUCAAGUCCCUGA